AUGUCUCAGACAAAUAAUAAUAGUUGUGGAAAUGCAGGUCCUUCGCCAGGGUGUAAUAGUAGUAAUGGCAUACUUGGUUCUACCAGUAAUUUUAAUGAUAAUAAAACUUCAAUAGUCAACACGACUGUUUCUUCUUCUCCACAAUCUUCAACCAAUAUGACAAGUGGCACUUGCAUGUGUUGUUGCAGUAAUCUUCGGUUUCCAUGUUCAGUAAAAUGUUUUCGAUGUACUGUAUGUCAAACAAUAAACGAUUUAGAACCGUUAAAACCGCGUACUGAAACAGCUACAACACCGCCAUUGACACUUGAUUAUCUAAAGAAUAUUAUUAAAAAUUGUGGAGUAGCAUUGGAUGAUGUUAGACAAGCAUAUAUAAUCUUAUUAGAAUUGCCUGUGUCUGUGAUAAGAGCUAUGAUGCAAUCAAUCGAAAAUUUAUUGAAAAGACCUGGGAGGAUUUUAAAAACAUGUGAAGAUAUAAAAUUUCUGAUGAUAAUAUUAGAGAAUACAUUGUUGUCACAACAUAAAUUUGCUCAGGAAUCUCAAAGACAUCAUAAUAUAGUUGAAAGAAUUUUUGGUUUAAUUUCAAAUCUAAGUGUGGAACUUCGUCAUUAUUUGCUUAGUUGGUUUUCAGGGAAACGCAUUGAACUGGUUAAUUCAUUUAUAAGUUAUCGAUUGGCAAUUCAUUGUACCACCAAUCAAUAUUCGCCAGAUAUAUAUGAUUCAAAGGGAAAAAUUAAUAUUACAUCAAGAUUAAUAUAUGAACCAGACUGGGGAAUUAAUGCUGCAGCACAAAUUUUGAUAUAUGGAAGCAAAAAACAGGGUUGGUUAAUUUAUUGUUUCCCAUUCCUGAUAAGUCUUGGUGGAAAGAUGCAAAUUUUAGAAUUUGAUGCGCAAAGACAAAUGGAAACAAAAGCUAGAGAAGCAUUUUUUACAUUUCUUUAUCAAAAACGUACAUUCAAAUCAGCAUUAGAGUUAAAGAUUCGGAGAGAUAAUAUAAUCCAGGAUUCAUUAAAUCAAAUAUCAGAGAAUGUAAUUGAUUUAAAGAAAUCAUUAAGAAUUGUAUUUAUAGGUGAAGAUGGUGUAGAUGGUGGCGGGCUAAGAAAAGAAUGGUUUCUAUUAUUAAUAAGACGUUUGUUUGAUCCACAAUACGGAAUGUUUACGUGGGAUGAAGAUUCGAAAUAUUGUUGGUUUAAUCCAGCAAGUUUUGAAAAUAGCGAUCAAUAUUAUCUCGUUGGUGUAAUUGUCGGACUCGCAAUUUAUAAUUCAACUAUAUUAGAUGUGCACUUUCCUUUAGCAUGUUAUAAGAAAUUAUUUAAUGAACGAGUGGGAUUAGAAGAUUUAAAAGUUUUCAAGCCA